AUGUUGCGUACUUAUGCAUUGCACAAGCUCCCGGGGAAAUUUCCGAAUUACGUUCCCAGUACCGGGUCGAAUAUUGGACAGUACGUCUUCAGCGACAUCUCAGCAUGGACGAGUGGCUUCUUUCCAGGGUCCAUGUACGAGCUCUUAGAACGAAGCGUACGAUUCCCUGAUCAUCUGAAGACCGGAAGCGUUGACCCAGAGGAUAUCCAUGAUCAACUUCUCGAACUUUCGCGCCAGUGGGCCAAACCCCUGCAGACACAAGCCUUCCGGACUAACACCCAUGAUAUGGGCUUCCUCAUUAUGCCAGCUUUCCAAAAAGACUGGGAACUGACGGGAAACCAAGAUAGCCUCGACACUAUUGUCACGGCGGCCCACAGUCUAGCUACGCGUUUCGACCCACGAGUCAAGGCAGUACGGAGUUGGGACUCACUUGUUAACAAGCGCCAAAAUAUCACGAAUAAGGAGACCAACUUUUUGGUCAUUAUCGAUAGCAUGUGUAACAUGGACCUGCUCUUUUAUGCAGGCCACCACACCGGAAAUCAGACGCUGAUUGACAUUGCCACGACGCACGCACACACGGUCCGGCGCAAUAUUGUCCGCAAAAAUUACUCGACCUUCCAUUGUUGUAAUAUCGAUCCACAAAAUGAUAAGAUCAAGUUUCAAGAGACUGUGCAGGGAUACAAAGAUUGGUCAACCUGGAGUCGGGGCCAAGCUUGGGGAAUUUUAGGCUAUGUCCAGACAUAUCGGUGGACUAAAGAUGCUGUAUUUCUGCAGACAGCUAGAGGACUCGCCGACUAUUUCGUGAAUCGACUCUCCAAGUCGUCCCACACUCACCCAUACGUACCUCUCUGGGACUUUGACGCGCCCACGGUCGAUGGUGUGCUCCCUCCUCGGGACACUUCCGCCGGCCUUGUGGCUGCAAAUGGUCUUCUUCUGCUCCACCAGGCUCUCCAAGGCGAGUCGCCGUACUUGGACCACGCCAUACAAAUAGUGAGGGAGACCAUUGAGCUGUCUUUAUCACAUGAUCCGACGAGCCUGACGCUCAGUCCGAUCGGGAAGACAGCUAUUCCCGCCGGUAAUUGGGACUCCGUCUUGAUGAACGCGACAAUAAACAACAAUGAGUACUCUCUCAGUCGGAGCAACAACACUGGUGUGGUGUACGCCGACUAUUACUUUUUGCAGUUCGGGAACAGGUUACUAGAAAUGGCACUUGCAUGA